CUCUUCUUUAGACACGAAAAGACUACACUUAGUAAAAAUAGAAAUAUAACUAGUAUAGUGACUAGUCACUAUAUCUACGAAAUACUAAAGAUUCUUCUCUUCAUAACGUUUAUAAUAGAAAGUUAUUUCGCGACCUUAUUCCCUUAUACAG